UUCAUUUCAUAAGGCUAUUAGUUUGCUUACUAACAACACCUCCAUGCACAAAACAAUAUGACGAAUGUCUUAAAUUGUGCGCUAUAUCGCUACAAUCAAGCAGUGAUCGCAUGGUCGAGUUUAUACAAAUGCGAGCAAUGACAAUCCAAGCUAAGGUAGCCAGCAAUGGGUAUGAAGAAGUAGAUUACAUGCCGCAAAACGAUGAUCUGACAACCACAGCUGUGAAUAAAACACCAAGGGUUGGUACCACUUUCCAGAGAGAAGUGAGGACGGCACAGCAAUUUAAUAAAAGAACUACAUCAACGGCCACGUUAAGAUCCCGUGGUGUGAGCACCACUCGAGCUAGAAGCGCCCGCUCGGCAUUACACACCGCCUCUCGGGUCUCCAGAGCGGCUACUGCUUUGGCUGGUGGUGCUCCAUUGUCGACUGGUCUCCCACUUUCCCUUCGGUUUUUGAAAAAAGAAGACAAACUUUUUCUUUCUGCCUCGAAGACGCUUUUCGAGUACGUUUACUACUGUGAAGGUGAUGUCAGAAAGGCAAUGGAUGUGGCUUUCCAAGCUAAAAAGGCUGAUGAAAGUUCGGACUGGUGGUGGGACUUUUCUUUGGGCCGAUGUUAUUCAGCACUAGGCAUGUUUCGAAAUUCGGAAGACUGUCUCAGACAAGCUCUUAAGCAUACCAAACACAUAUCUAUAUAUCUUCGAUUGAUUGCUAUGUAUGUGGGGCUGAAUCAGCCCUUAUCAGCCCUAGAAGUUUGUAAACAGGGACUUUCAGUGUUUCAUGAAAGUACGCCUCUAAUAUUGGAACAAGCCAGAAUUCACGAUCAGAUGGGUAACACCACAGUUGCUGUUAAAGAGUAUAGGUUGGUAGCUAUAGAAGACCCAACUAAUAUGGAGGCUAUUGCGAGUAUCGCUAUGUACAACUUUUAUAAUGAUCAGCCUGAGAUUGCUUUACGUUAUUACAGGAGAUUAUUGGCGACUACCAUACCGGGAGCGGAGAUAUUCAAUAAUCUUGGACUAUGUUGCCUUUAUUGCAACCAAUGGGACCUAAUUUUGCCGUGUUUUAGACAGGCGCUCUACUUUUCUACCGAAGCUGAAAUACGAUCCGAAAUUUGGUUCAACAUUUUUCAUAUUGCACUGUCUACAGGUGACAUAGCACUGGCUCGGCGUUGCCUGAAAGUGAGUCUUGCCACUAACUCGGAAAACGAGGCGUCAAGAAGUGCACUUCAGGCUUUGAAUGCGCGUCUGCGGGUCAGAAAACAAGUAAAGAUAGACAAAAUAGCGCAGAAUUGUUAA